UCUCUCUUUCUCUUUCUCUCUCUCUCUCUCCACCCCCCCUCUUUCUCUCUCUCUCUCUCUCUCUCUCUCUUCCUCCCUCCCAACCCCCCCCCCCCAGGUAGUGGUGCGGGUGCUUCCCCAGGAAGGGGCUCCCUCGGAGUUGCGAAGGGGAGGUAAUUUACUCAGAACAAGGGGCCGCCUUUGCGAAGUAUAAAUAGUGAGACUUCAAGCGCAGCAUUGCUAUCAGAUCUGAACUCUCCGCAGGAAGAAUUGUCAAAGAUCUUAACAUUGAACAAGCGCGCUCCGGCAGGGAAGCAUCAGUUCCCAUUUCCCUCCUGCGGCCCCCGCCCCUUCCCCUCUCCUCCUUCUCCUCCACCUCCUCCUCCUCCUCCUUUUCUUCCUCCUCCUUCUCUUCUUCCUCCUCCUCCUCUUCCUCCUCCUCUUCUUACUUCUUUUUCUCCUACUUCUCCUCCUCUUUCUUCUUUCUUCUCUUCUUUUUUUUCUUCUUCUUCUUCCUCCUCCUCCAGCUCCUCCCCCACCCCCUGCCCCAUUGAUGUGUUAUUAUUGGGGGGGUUGGAGCAGUAAAAAAAGAAGAAGGAAAAAAAGAGCGGGGCUCGGCUGGGAGAGGUUGAGCGCGGGGCUGACCGGCUUCGGCGGCGAUGGAAGAACUUACGGCGUUCGUCUCUAAGUCUUUUGACCAGAAAGUGAAGGAGAAGAAGGAGGCUAUCACGUACCGAGAAGUGCUGGAGAGCGGGCCGCUGCGCGGGACCAAGGAGCCGACGGGCUGCGCCGAGCCGGGCCGAGACGACCGCAGCAGCCCGGCAGUCCGGGCGGCCGGCGGAGGCGGCGGCGGAGGAGGAGGCGGAGGCGGAGGCGGAGGAGGCGGAGGAGGUGCAGGAGGAGGAGGAGCAGGCGGAGGAGCUGGAGGAGGGCGCUCUCCCGUCCGGGAGCUGGACAUGGGCGCCGCUGAGAGAAGCAGAGAGCCUGGCAGCCCGCGGCUCACCGAGGUGUCCCCAGAGCUGAAGGAUCGCAAGGAGGAUGCAAAAGGGAUGGAAGACGAAGGCCAGACCAAAAUCAAGCAGAGGCGAAGUCGGACCAAUUUCACUCUGGAACAACUCAACGAACUGGAGAGGCUUUUCGAUGAGACCCACUACCCAGACGCUUUCAUGCGCGAGGAACUGAGCCAAAGGCUGGGACUGUCGGAAGCCCGAGUGCAGGUUUGGUUUCAAAAUCGAAGAGCAAAAUGUAGAAAACAAGAAAAUCAACUCCAUAAAGGUGUUCUCAUAGGGGCUGCCAGCCAGUUUGAAGCUUGUAGAGUUGCACCCUAUGUCAAUGUAGGUGCUUUAAGGAUGCCAUUUCAGCAGGUUCAGGCGCAGCUGCAGCUGGACAGCGCCGUGGCGCACGCGCACCACCACCUGCACCCGCACCUGGCCGCGCACGCGCCCUAUAUGAUGUUCCCGGCGCCGCCCUUCGGACUGCCGCUGGCCACCCUGGCGGCGGACUCAGCCUCCGCCGCCUCUGUGGUGGCUGCCGCCGCCGCAGCCAAGACCACCAGCAAGAACUCCAGCAUCGCGGAUCUCAGACUGAAAGCCAAAAAGCACGCUGCCGCCCUGGGUCUGUGACGCCAACGCCAGUGCCAGCGCCAAAUUCGCGCC